UUAAUCACCGCGUAUCCACGUAGCCUAAUAGCAUACAUCACCAAAUAUCAGCACGUCCACUGCUGCUACCUGGAGUAGUUGCUAUGUGAUAGUAGGGCAAGGACAGGAAGUUAAAAUGAAAACUGGCUUCUUGUUCCCUGACAUCAAUUUUACAACAGGCGCUCCGUAGAUUCACUAACCACUACAACAUAUGGAUGCACUCAUCUCUCAGUCUGUGUACUAUUACCCCAUCCAUAUAAUACUAACAUCAGUUGGGGUCCGCAGCUCCUGCUACGAACCGAUUCUCGUGAGAAAAAAGGAUUUCUGCAGCUUGUAUUUUUCGUCUUGACUUUUUUCUCAAGCCUCUUGAGUUGACUUAAUAUGAACAUUUGCGUGCAAUCAAACUACGUGCGUUAAAUGUUUGUCGGUUAAUUCCCUCGAAGACCCAGGUGUAAAUUGGAACAUUGUUAUCCUUUUCUACCAGCUUGUCCAAACGAGCAACACCAUUUAGCGAAUGGCAUGUUUGUUUGGUAGGUGAAGAUGAACGCAGUGCAACUGACUAGCAUUUCAAACUAAAAUUACAAAACGACAACAAAGGAAGGAAUGGAAAAUACGAAUGAACGAUAUACACACGGGAAGGUAAUUCUGGGGCAAAGUUAUUUUUUUCCAGUGCUCCCACGAAGUCAUGCAGAGACUUGCACCGAUUCAAAAAGACAUCAACCAUGAAGGAACACAUCCACAUCCGUCGCCCGUUUUCAGAUGUUGGCGGUGGUGUUCCAUUCUGAGCUCGCUAACGAGAUGUACUAUUCCUCUCUACACCUUUUAACAGCUACCCUUUGGUAAAAAGUGAUGGAAUGGUUUAAUGUCUUCAAGAUGACAUAGAGACCGUCCGAAAGCUCUACUGCAGAUGCUCAGAAAAUAAUUUCCAGGAUGACAAAAGAAUUGCCUGGCCAUUUCGAAUGAUGGAGAGAACGGUAACGACAGAGCCUGUGAUUAAAUGGAUUUCCAUUCGAUUCGCUGUGUUUUGUGUCGCCUGUGUCCUCACUGUUCAAAGGACAGGAUCCACCGCGGUUCUGCUGGCUGCCUGCAGUGGGAAGGUAGAGCUGCACACAGAGAGGAGGGGUGUCAUCUACAGCCCGUCCUGGCCACUCAACUACCCCCCAGGAAUGAACUGCAGCUGGGACAUCCAGGGCGAUAAGGGCGAUGUCAUCACUAUCAGCUUUCGAAACUUUGACCUGGAGGAGUCUGGGAAGUGUGCGGGGGACUGGCUGAUGCUGGGGCCCACGUGGAGGGAGGAGUACCGGGUGUGCGGCUCCCUCCUGCCCCCGCCCUUCAUCUCCUCGCGGGGCAGGGUCUGGCUCUACUUCCACUCCCAGGCCAACAGCUCCGGGCUGGCCCAGGGCUUCCGCCUGUCCUACAUCCGGGGCAGACUGGGCCAGAGCAGCUGUCAGAACGAGGAGUUCCUGUGUGGGAACGGGAAGUGCCUCCCGAGGGCCUGGCGCUGCAACGGUCUGGACGAGUGCGGCGACAGCACGGACGAGAAGAGCUGCGCCCCCCCGCCCACCGAGGCCCGGCCCAGCCUGUGCCCGCCCGCCACCUUCCAGUGCACGCAGGCGCAGUCCACCCAGUGCCUGCCCAACACGCUGCGCUGCGACGGCGCCCGCGACUGCGCCGACGGCUCGGACGAGGCCGGCUGCCCCGACACGUCCUGCGGCAAGCGCCUGGCCAACUUCUACGGCUCCUUCGCCUCGCCGGACUUCUUCCGGCCCGACCGCGGCGGCGCCGCCGACCUGCGCUGCUCCUGGCUGCUGGACACGCAGGACCCGAAGCGCAUCGUCCUGCAGCUGGACCUGCAGCUGGGGCCCGGCGACUCGGUGCGCGUGUACGACGGGGCGGGCGAGCGGGCCGACCGCCUGCUGCAGGCCUUCUCCCACCGCAACAACCGGCGGCCCGCCGUGGUGGAGUCCAGCCGCGGCCAGAUGACCGUGCUGUACCACGCCCGGCCCCGCGGCGCCGGCCACGGCUUCAACGCCUCCUACCAGGUCAAGGGCUACUGCUUCCCCGGGGAGCGGCCCUGCGGCAGCGACCAGGGCUGCUUCUCCGAGCGCCAGCGCUGCGACGGCUACUGGCACUGCCCGUCGGGCAAGGACGAGGAGGACUGCCCCGUCUGCCCGGCGGGGGAGUACCCGUGCGAGGGCGCCAGCGGGGCCUGCUACCCGGCCUCCGAGCGCUGCAACAACCAGAAGAAGUGCCCGGAGGGCUCCGACGAGAAGAACUGCUUCAACUGCCAGCCGGGCAACUUCCACUGCGGCACCAACCUGUGCAUCUUCGAGACGUGGCGCUGCGACGGGCAGGAGGACUGCCAGGACGGCAGCGACGAGCGCGACUGCCUGGUGGCGGUGCCGCGCAAGGUCAUCACGGCGGCGCUGAUCGGCAGCCUGGUGUGCGGCCUGCUGCUGGUCAUCGCCCUGGGCUGCGCCUUCAAGCUCUACUCCCUCCGCACGCGCGAGUACAGGGCCUUUGAAACCCAGAUGACGCGAUUGGAGGCGGAGUUUGUGAGGAGAGAGGCUCCGCCCUCCUACGGUCAGCUCAUCGCUCAGGGCCUCAUCCCGCCCGUGGAGGAUUUCCCGGUCUACAACCCGUCUCAGGCCUCCAUGCUCCAGAACAUCCGCACCGCCAUGCGCCGGCAGAUCCGCCGCCACUCCACCCGCCGGGCCUCGUCCCGCCGCCGCCUGGGGCGCCUCUGGAGCCGCCUCUUCCACCGCGGGACCCGGCUCCGGGGCCAGAUCCCGCUGCUGACGCCCCCGGGGGCCAGCCACCCGUCCCUGACGCGCUCGCACAGCUACCAGGCCGUGGGCGGGGCGGGGUCCGGCACGGGGCUGACGCCCUCCCCCUGCUCCUCCGCCGCCGCCCUGGGGCUGGCCCUGCAGGCGCACGCGGACGCCCUUUACCGGCCCCCCACAGAGUCCCCGCCCACCCCCCUGUCCCCGCCCACCCCUUCCUCGCCCCUCUCCGCCUCAGACAGUCCGGAGGAAGAGGAAGAGGAGGAGGAGGAGGAGGAGGGGGGGUCGGGAGUGGGCUCUCCUGAGGCGCCAGGGGGCGGGGCCUCCCGCAGCGGCUGCCCGCCCUUGGGUCUGACGGACACGCCGGGCGCCGGCAGGCAGCGGGGCGCCGCGCCGCCCGAGAACUCCAGCGAGGCCUACGGCCGCAGGGCGUCCCGAAGGCUGGUGCGGGGGCUGGCCGCCAACCUGGCCCUGCGGCGGUACGCCCCCCUGGGCGCGUCCCCCAGCCCGGACCCCCUCCGAGUGCCCUCCACCCCCCCCGAGGGACACGGCCCCGCCCCCGCCCCGUCCUGGGACCCGGGGCCCUCAGGGACACAGGGAGCUGAUCAGAUGUGCCAGUCUGUGGAAUUGCCAAUCGGGGAGGAGCAGGAGCAGGAGCAGCCCUGCUGUGGGAGCGACGGGGACGAUGACGAGACCCUUCUCGUGUGCUGAGCCAGCGAGCCGCCCACUCUCUCUCUCUCUCUCUCCUCUCCCUCUCCCUCGCGCCAUCAGGAGGCGUUCGCUGGGCCUUCGCUGUCAGGAAAAUAACCUCACCGCUUCGCUUUUUUCUCUCCCCCUCCAUCUCCUCUGCCACAGACCGGUUCCCUGGCUGCGUCAGAGCUGCCAGUCAGCCGGACAGCACAAUUUAGUACCGAGGUGCGGAGAGCAAUUCACCAAUUCACAGCAAACCGCAGGCUUUUUAAAAAAUUCCUUCUAAUCUUUCCCAGGCCUGACCUUUCACCCCAAGCCCUUCCGCUCCCCUUCAUUGCUGCAGCCCCAGUUGGCUCUGGUACGGACGGGGUCAUGUGACAUAUCGGCCGCUGUCGAAUUGUGGGCCCCCCCCCAAAAAAAGCACUUUCUCUCCCCCUGCCUUACAAGAGAUCGAAAAACCAGCUUCAAGAAAGGACCAGUUCCUGCCGAAGUGACUAUCCUGUGACUUUACUUGCUUUUUUUGCUGUUGUUUUUUUUUCCAGUUAUUUUUUUGCCAUUUUAAAAAAAAGUAGAUGGGCUCACCAUCUUAGUGGAACUAAAGGGAUGAACUGAAAGGAAAUUUCAAUCUUGUUUUGUCGUCGCCGUCGUUGUUGUUGUUGUUUUUGUCGUUGCUUUAAUCCCGCAGUUAUCGCCGUUUUGCCUCUGGAGAUUCUGGGAGAGACGCUCGCGAACGGAGCUCACGCGUCGGCCAAUCGGUGAGGAGGUUUGAACUCAGGAGAAAAGCGGAGGAUCGUUAGGCAGCUUGAACGGAGAAGGGCCUGUCUGAAUGGCUUCUUUCAGCCGCGCGGAUCUGUUUACUCCGUGGCGGUUUCAGCCCGACCCUUUUAACGGAAACUCAGACCUCAGGGGGGGGGGGGAGCUCGCGGGAGGAGGGGGGGGGCCCUUCGUUGCAGCUCCGCCUUUGGCGGCCCUGGUAACAUUAGAAAGCGAAAAUUGCUGAUGCAUGAGAAAGCAAGCAGGGCUGUGGUGGUGAUGUAAUGGUGUCUCUUGGAAGGCGGCGGGGAAAAGAGGCUGAGGUAAUUAUGAUUUAUCUCUUCGGCUAGGCCUCGCUGCAGGCCUGAGCGGGGCAUUAAAGAGAGGGAGGUCACUGGAACCCCAGGGGGAAACGUGUUCUGUCUUUGAAAUAAGCUCUAAUUUCCUUGUUUUCCCGUUAAUGUAUCCUCCAAUUUGGUUCUUACUUGAAUUUGUUUUGUUUUUUUGUUUGUUUUUUUGUGUGUGGUAUUGCAUCUCAAAUCUUGUGUUGUGUCUUAGCAUUUUUUUGUUUGUGUUCUGUUAUGGCCUUUUUCCGUGCUUGCGCACGAGUGCGAGUGCACGUGCUUGCGUACGAGUGCGAGUGCACAUGCUUGCUUAUGAGUGCGCGUGCACGUGCUUGCGUACGAGUGUGAGCGCACGUGCUUGCGUACGAGUGUGCGUGCACGUGCUUGCUUAUGAGUGCGCGUGCACGUGCUUGCGUACGAGUGUGCGUGCUUACUUGCGUGCGCGUGAGUAUCAGUGGGUGUCGGUGCGAUGGUGUUUCACAUGUUUAGUGGAACUAUCAUCAGGGAUGUUUGAAAGAAGCAAUAAGUGACUGAUCUUGAUCUCUCAAAAAUGGCGUCAGUCUCAGAGCCAGGGCACCUGUCUGCCAUUGCUUCUGCGGCAUUAGGCGUUGUGUUGCUCAGAAGCUUGCAGGCAUUAUAUCCCAGCCCUGAAGGGCAUCUGGCCCAAGGCGUUGAGAAGGGCAGGUACAACUGCUGGACAAUUAAUCAUAAGAUAAGGGAAAUCCAGCAGCAGGAGGCACAGUGACAAAUAAAAAAAAGAAAUAUUAUGCAGAAGGUGCAUUUUUUUUUGUUGUGCUGCUGGAUUUAGCAUAUAUCAGCCCUGAAGAGAAGGGGGGGAAACGCGGCUCCACUCUCUGUGCUGCCCGUUCGUUAUCUGCAAUGCAGUAUGUCCUACGCCUUUGACUGAGUGGGCCACAUGUUUUGGGGAGCAAAAGUAGGGAAAGCGAAAGACUUUGCCUUUGUGAAUAAGCGGAAUGAAGUACACUGCAGUAAGACUGAACUGAAAUGAGCGAAAUGAGCUGAACUCCGCGCCGGGGGGGGGGGGGGGGGCGUAAAUCCAUAGACCCGCGUUCACGAGCUGACUCUCGGAAUGGGAUGUUUAUGUGGUAGUAAACCGAAAUUGAUUUCCCCAGAGCAUCGGGUUGUGCGGAGAAUUCUGCUUUGCGCUGCCGUCCUGCUUGGGAGAUUUACCGAAUUCAUACGUACGCUGUUACCUCACUUGAGAAAUGCUGUUGUUGGAUACCUAUCAAUGAGUAACCGACAGUUAUCCCCAGAUCGAUAUUCCUUACUUUAUUUCCCUGUAGAGUAAUUCACAUAAAAUUUUAACCUGAUGAGCCAACACCGAUACACUAGUGUGGAGUUUUAAGGUGCAGUACUGUUAGUACACUACACUUAGUGUCAUCACACCUGCUUUUCAGAGCAGUAACAUUACCAGUGUCAAUUUAACUUUAAAUGUAAUCCGAGUCUAAGAACAUGUAAUCCGAGUCUAAGAACAAGGAAAUGUUUGCCAUUAGAGUAAAAUUUACUCUACAGGAGUUGAUUUAACACUGAAUAUCUUACCGGGGUCUCUGCUUAGUAAGUUCUGAAUAAAAAACGGCUUUACAAAAGGCAUUCGUAAAAAGAAAUUAUGAAAAAUAAGUUGUGCUCAGUCAGACUUGAACUAUCUCCAGAGAUUUUCAUAAGAUUAAAAUCUGAAAUUACACGCUUCCAUCUCAGGUUGAAUGCAAGGCUGCACUUCGCUAAUAGCUUUUCUGUUGUCACCCACACGAUAUUUUAGAGAUUAGGAUGCGUCCAAAAGCAGAUUAAUUUCACCUUGUUAUGUGGUUGUUAAUAGGUGGGAUGUUUUCCAGGAUGUAUAAAGUAAAAAUAUGAUUUUUUUGCACACAUGUAGGUAGUACAUAAUAACAUAUUAGUUUUUUGAAUAUUUUACUAUUGUGUCAUUGAAUGUGUUUGAAUCCAGCCAAAAAAAAAAAAUUGGGUCUGCCAAAUGAGCUUGCUGAAAGAAAUGAGACGUAGACCUCAUCACCUUCAUCUGCUUCUGCCCCAGUGGGAGAAUUAAAAGAAGACUGUCAUUAAUUUGGCUGCUAAUUAUAAUUAAGUCGUUUUUCAUCUUAUCCUUUUCCUUGUAACGUGUAUUUCCUUGGAGUAAAAUCUUGUGUAAGCGAAUGAACGCAGUCCACACAGUGGCUUAUUUCACCAGUGCAUUUCAUUAAAAAACGAGAGUGCAGAAUCGUCAUUUGCAUGUUGUUUGCAUUUUUCUGAUCGGCACGAUAACAGAAAAUACCGGACGAGGUAUACUAAAAUUAUAUCUUAUCUUUUUUAAUGUCUCAAAAGGCCUUAUGGAUAUGAAGCAGUCAUUAAUUAAGUUCUAAUUUUUGAAAAAAAAAAAAAAGUUAUCGGUGGACAAGCUGUAUAUGGUGAGAGCAUCUAUGGACUCUUGGAUGUAUGUAGACUUGCGUGAGUGAUUUGAGUGAGCUGGUCCACCUGUUCUCCAUUACAAAGAUGCUGCUAAUAUUAGUGGUAGAUCCAGCCAUUUUGUUUUUAACCCCAAAUGCUGUACGAUUUGCUGUGGAAAAGAAACAAAAAAAAAAACCAUGCCAUUUUGAUAUUCGUUUGAUUCUUUCGCUGUAUUAUAACAGUGCAUUUUUUUCCUUGUAAAAGAAACCGUUAUGGGGUGCAGUACAUCUGUCCGGUUGAGACUCUCAUUUCUGAGUUGUUUGUAACUUCUAGCGUAAACUUGAAAGUUGUCAUUCCUUCUCUGCUGGCGCGGUCAAUGGGGACGCAAGAUGACGACAGUGGUCGGACAAUUGAUUGUCUCGGUGUCUUCUUGUGCCUGCAUUUAAUAAAUUUUCAUUUCAUUUU